AUGGUGGACGAAUGCGAAAACGGAGACGGUGCAACCGCCGCAAGAAGCUAUAGCCACCAAGACCACAAGACCAAAGAAGCAGGUGAUUCAAGCGACGGUGGAGACUCAAUCAGCUUUCUACCUGACGUGAUCCUCCAAAGUAUCCUCUCCUCUCUUCCGACCGAAAUUGCCAUCAAAACAUCCAUCUUGUCCAAAAGAUGGAGACAUGUAUGGUCCGAUACACCUUGCCUCUCCUUCGACUGGAUUAUACCACAUGGCCCGAAAGGUGAUAUUAUAAACAAAAUACUAGAUCGCUACACGGCUCGCAAGAUGAUGAGUUUCAAGCUCAGUGCCAACAUGAGAGACGAUAUUCCUUACAUUGACAGAUGGCUCGAGUUCGCCAUGUCCCGAAACGUUGAGAAUAUGUCGUUGAAGUUCGGUUAUGAAGGUGAACGUAAGUAUCAUGUUCCUGAUUCCUUUUACAUCAGUAACUCUUUCAAGCAAUUCAGUAGUGUUAAGUAUUCGUUUAUUGAUUUGAAACUUCCAAGUUUUCCCGUGUCUUGGACAUCUCUGAAGAUUCUGUACUUAAAGUCUUGCAAGCUCUCUGAAGAACGCAUGGAUAAGAUUCUAUCUGGCUGUCCGGUUCUUGAAAGCUUAACCCUUGACUUCUGCGAUAAACUGUUGGUUCUUGAUCUCAGCAAAUAUUUGCGUCUGACACUAAUUUCUACUAGUGUGAGAACAUUGGUAAUCAAGCGUAACAUUUGGGUUCCGGGCCCUACACAGAUUAUUGCACCGCAUAUCCAUUAUCUCAGCUUGACCAACUCAAAGUUACCAUGUACUUUAGUUGAUGUCUCAUCUUUAAAAGAAGCUAGAAUGGAGAUUUGCUUUUGUGCACUUGAAGAUCUGGAGGCUGAUUUUCUUCAAACCAUGGUGCUAAGGAUGCUAGAGAAGUUGCAGCAUGUAGAUAACCUUACUUUCGGAGAGAACUUUCUUACGGUUUUAACACUUGCCGAGCUCCGCCGUGUUCCCAUUCCAAGAUUCAAGGUCAAAGAUUUGACACUUGAGACAAUGAUCUCUCAAUAUGUAAUUCCUGGUAUAGUCAGGGUGCUACAAAGUUCACCUGAACUGAAGAAGCUAACAACAAUACACAGAAUGAAGUUUGGCACCAUAACGAAGAAUAAAAUUGACACGUACUUGGAUUUGCAAGGAGUGAAGAAGGAUCAGCGUUGGAGCUUGGAGGCGAGGGUCUUUGAGAACCUGAAACAUUGGGAUGUAGAGUCGAGGCACGUGGCUUCGUUCAUGGAACUUAUGUUAAAAAAAACAAAGACAUUAGAGAAGAUGGUCGUUUGGUUUUAUAGUUAUCGGAAAGGUCAAACUCUUGAAGAGUUGCCAGAGAUGGUUCCAGUGCUCGCUGACAAGAACAAUGUCUCCAUAGUGCUCCACCUAUUCAAGCCGGAUCACAGGGUUUAG